CCAGAAGAACUGCCCAUCGGGGCUGCCCACACCCGUUGCAGCUCAAGCAGGAAUUGCGUCGCCGAGGGGCAGAGGGACUGAAAUACAAGAUCGAUGCCUCGCCUGGCGGAUUCUCUCUCGCUAAUGAUGAAUGAAUGGAUGGAUGGAUGAAUGAACGAAUGAAUGAAUCGAGGAGGAGGCGGUGGUGGAAGAAGCAGCAGCAGCAGGAGAAGGAGGAGUAGAUUGCUCUCGUCUGUCUCGUUCGUCCUCCUGAGCAGCGGGAGCCGGAGCGGAGCGGAGCAGUGACACCACGCACAGACAUAAUCAUACACGCAGCACAGAAGCAGCAACAGCAGCAUCAUCAUCAUCAGCAGCAGCAGCAGCAGCGGCGCCCACUGGCCGAUUAAGCGUCUCUGGGGGGACUCUCGUGGGGCCGGAGCUGGUCUUGUCACCAAUCUUUAUGGCGCGGUCACUGGUCAUUUGUUGGUGGUGGCUUUCAGCUCUUUCGUAAUUGCCCGCAUCGAUCUUUGGCCUCUCUUCGCAAGCUAAGUUGCGUGCACACACACUCUCGGAGUACUCGACUCAAAAGGACGCAGCGCGCUCAGCCCUCUGCAAUCCUUGCACUUCUGGAUGAUGAACUUACGUACCUGUUUACUCUAGAUAUAGAGGUUUCGAGUAGUAGAAUUUAGUAUAGGUUGGAUUUCUGUCACCCGUUGCUCUAUCCAUCGGUUGUGUAUACUCUGUCGAUCAGAUUAUGCGGAACUUGAUCGUCGCCGCCCCGCAAUUGUGAUCUGCCUUCACUUGGUCAGCUUCGGUGCGAGGUUUGGAGCUUGUGUGCGUUUUGGUUCGCUUGGAUCAUUCAUGUGGUGGGAGCAGAGAGCCGCUGAACGACGUGGACUCGCUUGUUGUCUUGGAAUUCGGCCGACAUGACUUCGUUAAGUUUGGGCAAUUUGUCACUCGGAUCCGUGGACAGUUGGGGACCUUCUGGAUUAGAGCCUCUGGGAUCAGUGUUUGCGUUGCACAGCGGCCACGAUUUCACCUGAGAAGGUUAGUGGGUUCGAGUUCGUGUGAUUUUGUGUCUAUCAACCGGAUCUCCGCGUAUGGGCUUUGAAACUUGUUCGUGAUCCGCUCACUUUUUUCUGGAGGUUUCUAUUUCUACAACCACGACCAGGUUUUCUAUGUCUCGUCGUAAACUAGCUGUAGCUCACCAGGAGAGCUUGCUAAUCGGACAUUCAAAGAAUGCCCUGAUACGUGGACAUCCUUCGAGUGAUUUACAGAGGAAUGGUUUAAUCGAACAUUCCUCUAGCGACCUACCCAGGAAUGGUUGUAAUACUGGGGAGAAUCAGGCGGUGAACGGAGAUACCAGCGAACUGCUAACGAACGGAUCACCAACUGACAUUCAAAUUAUGGUCGAACAAAUUAGCGACGUCCAAGGGAGCGGUGCUACUAGUGAAUUGACCAAGAGUGGUAUGCUGAAGGAGAAUCUGACGGCUGGAUCUGCGAGCGACCUGCAUAGGAGUGGGUCGCUACCUGUAAGGGGCACAUUCGUCAAUGAACACUAUGGGAACGAUCUGCAGAGAAGUAGUUCAUACACCGAAGGAACAACCAAUGGACACGCAGUAGCCCCUCUGAAGAAUGGUACCUACAGCGUGCAAGUUCCGGGAACGGACUCCAGAUAUCAGGAUUCGGUCAAGCGAGCCGAACAACCCUCACCUCCUACCCCUCCCCCAUCUCCUCCUGUCACCCCAGGAACAGUUUCUCUGCCCUCAUCUUCCAUAGCUCGGAAAGCCAUUGCGAACAGGUCCGGUGGCAAUCUUUGUGUACCGAAGGAAAUUGUGGAUAAUUGGGACAAAUUGUUCUUCGAAGGGUCUAGGGCAGAUGUCGAAGUACAUACUGAAGAUGGGGGCAUCAUACCUGUACAUUCACUCGUGUUGGCAUCCUCCUCACCGGUAUUUAAGGGGAUUCUGGAGGACGAUGCGAGUAAGGCCCUGCCUUACCGCAUUUGCAUGCACGGGGUACAUUACGAUGCAGUGAAGGUCUUCUUACGGUUUCUGUACUCUUCACGAUUCGAAGAGGAAGAAAUGGAGAAGUUUUGUGCAAAUUUGCUAGUGCUGGCCCACGCAUAUUGCGUUCCAGCGUUGAAGCGCCUCUGUACACUGCACUGGGAGAAGGGAUUCUUGAACGUCGAAAAUGUGACUGACAUUCUUCAGUUGGCGAGGUUGUGUGAUGCACCAAGGCUCCACCUAAUAUGCAAACGACUUGUUCUUGCCAAGUUCAAGACUGUAUCAACCACGGAAGCCUGGAGAGUCAUGCGAGCAUCGAACCCCCAGCUUGAACACGAUCUUGUCAUGGCUGUUAUGGAGUCCGAUUACAAGAAGGAAGAGAAGUCGCGUAAGACGGAAGAAGACAAGGUGUAUGAACAGCUGCAUGACGCCAUGGAAGCUCUGGUUCAUAUUUGUAGAGAUGGUUGUCGCACGAUCGGACCUCAUGACAAGGUGUUUGAUGCCCAAAAGCAAGGCUCUUGCCAGUAUCCAGCGUGCAAGGGACUGGAAUCUCUCGUUCGGCAUUUUGCUGGGUGUAAACUGAAGGUUUCAGGAGGUUGUAUUCACUGCAAGCGGAUGUGGCAACUGCUUGAACUGCAUUCACGGAUGUGUCAAGAAACAUCCUGCAAAGUACCUCUUUGUGGGCACUUCAAAAACAAGAUUGGGCAGCACCAAAACAAACGGGAUGAAACUAGAUGGAGGUUGCUCGUGAAUAAAGUGGUCUCUGCAAAGCAUGCCACAUCUGCUUUUUCUCUAGCAGCCAUGUCCGCCAAAUUGGAACAAGUAGGAUAACUAAGCUGACAUAAGUGUACUAUAAUCGAUUCGGGAACUUUGCCUCGGGCUAUUGAGGCAGAGAAUAGGUGUGAGUAUACACAUGUAUAGUAGUGAAUGUGGUGGCCGUUUGCAACUAGCCCUUUGGGCGCUUAGUGAUACGAUACAUAAUGUCUCAGCCUGUAUGGGCUGUUUGACCAAAAGUUUUGCUAGUAAAUUUGGAAGGUAAGCUACCCAUGCUCAUUUUCUUCAAAGCUCCUCACUUCGAAUGCUGAGCAGGAGGUGAGAAUUGUGGAUGUACCAUACGACUGGAUAGAAGAAAUCACUGCUGUUUAUAAUACACCAUUUGGAGAUGACGCUUAACGCUAUCUUGGAGGCAUGCUCUCACUGCAGACACUGGAGUUCAGGAUGGAUCUUUACAGCCAAGAUCGAACAGUAGAAAGAAUCGGGUGGCGUGGAUCUUUGGUGUGAGCUUGGCCCUUGUUCUGCCCAAGAUUGUACAGGUGCUUACAUGAAGGAGCAGUGCUUCAUGUCCAUUUUCCACAUCCUCGGACCGCAUAGUUUACGAACGAGGUUAACGAGGAUGUCAUACACGACGGGACCGGAAUGUCUGUUACCUCUGUUACAAAGUUUGAUGACUUGGGAAGGAAAAGAAUCAGGAAAUGCGAUGCGGUUUCCGUAUUGUAGUCAUUAUUAUUGGCAUUGGAGGAGCAUAGCAUAGCCGACUCAUGGGGAACUAGGGGCCGCCGACCCAGGAUACGUUCUUUCUCAAAGCAUCGCAGGAAACUCCACGAAUUUAGAGCAAAGUCGUCCACAAUUUUAUGUAGAACUCUCCGAAGGGAAGCUUGGCCCAGGACUGGUCACUUGUAUCUAUGUAUGGCAGAAAAAAGUAGAACUAUGUGUGCAUUAUUUGCACGUCGAGGAUAAUGGAAGCUACUCACUUUCAACCUCGUCGUUGUAGAGCAAUUUGGUGAAAUUUCUCUAGGAGCCUUCUUAGGACCUGCCCUACACGGAGGUUAGAGCCUGCAAUAAAUGGUGAAUUUGUG